AGCCCGACUCACGGACAUGAUCUGUAGGUGGCUGAGCGGUGAUGAUCAUCCAGACAGGAGAAUAAAAUGCUAAUACUUAUCUUUUGAAUGUUGUCGCCAUAGAGGGUCUUGCCAGAGUAAACGGAGGGAACAAUGGUGAAGUAUUUCUGCUGUGCAGGUUUGCUGAAAAGCAGCUGGGACCAAGUUUGUAUUGCCUUCUGGCAACGAUAUCCCAACCCUUACAGUAACCAUGUAUUGACUGAGGACAUAAUCUUCCGUGAGGUUACCCCAUCCAACUGCCUCAUCUCCAGACGUCUGUUGACCAAAACUAGCCGAGCGCCUCGCUGGAUGGAGCGGUAUCUUCCAAAACAGAUGGCCAGCUCAGCGUACAUCAUUGAGGACUCCAUUGUGGACCCUCAGAAAAGGACCAUGACCACACUAACAUGGAACAUCAGCCACGCUCGUCUCAUGUCUGUGGAAGAGCGGUGCGAGUACCAAAUCAACCCUGAGAAUGGCAGCUGGACUGAGAUAAAGAGAGAAGCUUGGAUCUCUUCCAAUGUCUAUGGGCUCACAAGAGCUAUUCAGGAAUUUGGUCUUGCAAGGUUCAAGACUAGUGUUACGAAGACCAUGAAAGGCUUUGAAUACGUGUUGGCCAAAAUGCAAGGUGAAACUCCAUCAAGAACUCUCGCAGAAACAGCUACAGAGAGGGCAAGAGAAACAGCACUGGCAGCUAAGGAGAAAGCCAAAGACCUCGCCUCACAAGCCCAGAAGAAACAAUAUGUGUGAUGUUUCCACUGAUACUAGGACAGAUUUAUCUUUACUCCUCUCAUGACUCAGUUAUGCACUGGGGUGAGACAAAUUGAUCCUGGUCAUGGGUAGACACCUCUAUGAGGGAGCAUCCAGCUAAUAUGGUGGGUGGACCAUAUACGGCUUGAGCUGCGUUCGAGAGCCUGUUCCAGCCUCCCCAUUCCUGUACCACACUGAAAAUGAUGUACCUUUGAUACCAGAUCAUCUCAGUAUUUAUCACAGAUAGUGAUUGGUUGAAUAUGGCUCUGGGUGCUAUACAAUAAUGAUAGCACUUUGCCAACCUUGAUACUGCUCUUCAGACCUUUGCUCAACCUCUGUGCUCUUCAACAGUGUUUGCUUUUACUGUUCUUUAAGUUACUUUGUAAUCGUUACCUCUUUACAGAAGCUGAGAUCGGUAUAACUACAAAAUAUCUGAUUAAAGCUAGGGCAGGCGACUUAUUUUCGAAGCAUUUUUGAUCAAAUGUGUUGAAAUUUUCUUUACAUCUUGAUGGUAAUCAAAUCUGGUAUCUGUGGUGGUUGCAAGCCUGUAAUAAGCCUGUUCAGUCAUUUCAUUCAGCCUGCAUGAAAUGAGUGGAUGGCCUACCUGCCUGUCUCAUUCAGUGUCCACCUCCAGAACCUCCUCAGUCUGUCAGAGAGUCAGACCUGCAGCUGCGAACCAAGUCCCAGAGCAAUGAGCAGAAUCAGGGCACAGAGCUGGGUUAUUAUCCAACCUGAAGCCUCAGUGGUGCAUGCAGUUCAUGCAGUGUCAUCACCUCCUAUACAUCAGCAUCCCUCUAUUUUACUGGCCUCCAAACUUUCUGUUCUGUGAGUGCAGUUCAACUGUUGUGUUGCAUGCUGUGCAUGGAGCACCUGUAUGUCUGCAUUGAUGAUGCAUAUGCCUGUGCUUGUCUGGCAGGAGUUGCUUAGGACAUAGAGGGGAGGGAGGAGAGCUGCAGGAGGAGAGUUGUGUUUGCAAAUUUUGGCUUCCUUGUUUUUCUGUCAUCUCUGGCAAACUGCCUAACCCAGCUUUAAUGCAAAUGUAUGUUUAAUUUGUUUCAGUUGUCUUUUCUUUGUUGUUAUGUCAUCAGCUAUCAUGUUUUUGUUAGUUCAUUUCAACCAAAUGUACCUUAAUCAUCCUACAAAGUCUGGUCAUCUCAUUUCUUCAAGUUGAAGUUCAGAAUGAAGAAGGGUCCAAAUUGUCAAAACUGACAGGCACUUGUCAUUUAGCACUCUCCGUAUGGUUACCUGGUUGCAGUGGGUCUGUUUGCAUCUACACUUGAAAUGUGUGUAUGAAGGCAGAACUGAUGCCUUGUUUUUCAGCUUAGGUCAGAUACAACUCAUGCAACAAUGUGCGCUUACUGUAUCAGUUUGUCAAUAAAUACAUUUUCAUUGUAA